CAGCGUCACUCGCUAAAUAUCAAAGCCCCCGAAAAUUACGCUUUUGAGCUGCGGUGUACUGAAGCCGCCACGCAAAAUUGGCAUCUUUCCGCUUUAAUUGGGGGCUUGCUGGGUGUUAGCCUUGCCCUAAUUCUUGGUAUUAUUUUACUAAUCAUAGUGAAACGCAAGCACUGGUCUACAACUUCCAAAUAUGGUGCUGAAAAGUCACUGCUUCACAGUGAAGGUAAUGGCGGUUUACACAGAAAGACAAGAUACAGUUGGCGUAGCAACGGAAACGGCUGGCGCAGCAAUCUUUCAGCACGUUCCUCUAGCACACGAGGUGUCAGUGAUUUUAGUGGGAAUCUUCGCGAGGAGGACGAGGAUGAUGAAGAGGAUGCGAUCGCGGAGGACGAUGAAGACACCGAAGCUGACACUGGCUGUAAAUCUUCCGUGCGUUCCCAAACGGGCAUUUAUGGGGGCUCCGGUGGAACAACAAGUAGCAACCGACACAGUUCUGUCAGUAGUAUUGAACCUAGGGAGGACACAUCUUCUGUGACGCAUCAUCUACAAACAAGCAGUCAGAUUCCUGGAAAACGAGACGGUCGAAAAGUCCGCCAAGAUGUACGUGCACAGAAGCGGGUCAGCAAAACUGUUCCAUCAGAGAGAUCGCCUGGUUCACCGAGGAAACCUCCACAGCAGUCGAAUUCACAGGAGCAACGGGUACAGUCUAAUGUAUACUCAGUGAAUGAUACUAAGGCAUGCCCUGGGGUCACCGUAAAUAUACUUUCUCCUUCACCGGAACUGACGGAGACUAAAGAGGACCUGCGGGCUCUCGGUCCGAAGACACCCGGCGACGGCCAGACCGCUAGUGAUUCCUCUGACAUCGAGCAGAAUCUAGUGACACCAAACUCUUCAAAACAAAAUAUCCAGCUGCAUAAAGAUAGUGCUAACGGCUACUCCGUUUUCGAAAUUAAUGUGCUAGGACCUGUCAGUCAGAACCCGGCCCGGCGCAAAACGAUUGCAGUGUUUCAGGAAACAGUUCUUUGUCCUGGAAUAGAGCGCGGUUGUACACCACAAAGGCACUCGGUAGUUGAGAACCAUAUCGUGAGAAACCCCCUUUUCUCCCCUGUCGGAACGCCGAACGAGACGCUCGAACCAGUGCCGUGCUUUUCCUGCCAGUCACCGGCACCACGUUUUGAUCCACAAAUGGUUAAUCUGGAGCCACCUCUUCUGCUAAGCCCUCCAUAUCAACCAUCUGGGUGUUUUUUCGAGGAGACCUGGAUCAAGUCGCCACAUAUUGAGUACAGUCCACUUUCUCAGCCGAUGGACAACCCCAGUUGGCUUUCUUCCGGUGUCUACUCCCCCGUUACCUCCUCGGUCAACAGUCCCCUCUCUACAAAGAGUUCUCCUAGUUUCGAUCUAGAUUUGCAAGGUGCUGACUACUGCGCUGAUCAGAACAUAUAUGCGGAAUUUAUUGAAACAAUUUAA